AAGGCAGGAGCAUAGCACUGGUCACAAUGAUUCCUCCAAGCCUUUUCCUGGCUGUUAUAUGUGUUCUAAAUGUUUGGACUAUAAUAUACGCUGCAGGCUGUGGUGAUCGACAGAGGGAUGUAAACGGGCUAUGCUGUGACCAAUGUCCACCAGGUCACUAUAUGAAAGAUUUCUGCUCAGACAAAGACCAAACUGUCUGUGUCCCCUGUGAGGAGGGGCACUACGCAAGCAAAUUUAACAUGUUUGACAGAUGUGAGGAAUGCCAGUCAUGCCAACAAGAAUAUGCUGAGAAAUGUACACCAACCACAGAUGCAAAAUGUUUGUGUCGUUCUGGUUUCCUGUGCUCCAACAACGUCUGUUCAAGCUGUGAGGAAAACAAAUGCGUCACUGGGGAGAAACUGAAUAGGACAGGGUCGAUAAAGUACACAUAUCACUGUGAGCCCUUAUGCCCCGAUAAUGCAUAUUUUGAUGUGGAGAAGGAAGUCUGCACGGCACGAACACAGUGCAGUUUGAUUGGUUUGGCUGAGCGGUUUCCAGGAAACAAAACCCACAACUCAAUUUGUGAUAGAGGAGAGAACCAUGGAAACAAUAGAAACAUGUAUAUGUUCCUUGGUGUCGGGUUUGUUUUCCUUUCUUUCACCAUCCUGGUGAUUUCAUCUCAUGUUUGUAUAAAGAACCUGAGGAAGCACAAAGCAUAUGCUAGACCCGUCGACAUUGUGCUCCCCACAAAACCCAAUGACUUUCACCUGUCAAAGGAGGAGAGUGGGUUUUCCUUCCAGGGCAUAAUCUUCCAGGAUGAAUCCAAGAACACUGAGAGUUUGGAGUGUAUUUGAGUGUAAGCUAUCUAAGAUGUACAUUAGAACAUAUCUGUUCAACCACAAAAACUGUAAAAAUGAGUCUAUAUUGUUGAACAAAUAAUCAUGCAAAUCGGCAAAAGGCUAAAUAUAGUAAAGCAUGUCAAGGUUAGAGAUGUGUAAUUUAAAUUUGCCUAGUUUGAUAGAUAGAUAGUGGGAUAGAUUUAGGCAUUACCUCUGUUGAGAUUCCCUUGAGCAAGGUGCUUAAAUGUCAUCUGCUCCAGUAGCUACUCAAUGUUCAGCCGAUUAGAUGUCCAGAUCUGAAUGUAGAUUGUGAAAACAGUGGUAUGUUAAAUGUUAUGUCUACUUUUGUGUCUAAUGCCCCAGUGAAGGCUGAGGGCUGCCUCUAAAGAUCAUUUUUGCUAUACAAUAAACAAAUGUUUAAUUUUCCAAA